AUGAGCCAACCUGUCGAUUCCAAGGGCGAGGGCCUGACGCCUGAGGUCGAGGCGCCUCAGGUCGUGCAGGGCGCUGACCUCGAUGAGAAGGCGGGUCUCAAAGACUACAAGGCCGAUGCCAUGGAGGCAGAGCACGCCGAGCACAACAUGACAGUCCUCCAGGCCGUCAGGGCCUACCCCAUGGCUACCUUCUGGGCUUUUGUCAUGUCCUUUUGUAUUAUUAUGGAAUCCUACGAUGUGUUCCUCAUGGGUAGCUUCGUUGCGCUGCCAUAUUUCAAACAGGAAUACGGUAUACCGCACGGCGACGAACACGUCAUCGAGACCAAAUGGCAAUCUGCACUUCAAGUCUCCGGGCAACUCGGUGCGCUUAUCGGGGUUUUUGUUGCUGGUCCCCUGACCAGCCGCAUCGGAUACCGAUGGGCGACAAUCACCGGUCUCAUGCUCUUGAACGCCUUCAUCUUCUCGUUCUACUUUGCCAAGUCACUCCCGGUCAUGUUUGUGGCCCAACUGCUGGAGGGUGUGCCAUGGGGCAUUUUCAUCGCGAACGCGCCGGCAUACUGCAGUGAGAUCGUGCCUAUCCAGCUGCGAGCCCCCUGCACGCAGAUGCUGCAAAUGUUCUGGGCCAUCGGCAGUAUCAUCGUGGGCGCUGUCACCUAUGUGUACAGCCACGUUCACGACCCAACCGCCUACAGGAUCCCCAUUGCUCUCCAGUGGAUGUUCCCCACCCCACUCGCCAUCCUCAUGUUCUGCGCCCCAGAGUCACCCUGGUGGCUGGUCCGAAAGGGUCGCCUUGAAGAUGCAGCGCAUGCGGUCGAGCGUCUUGGACGCAGGUCGCAGCUGAACUCUGGCGAGACCGUAGCCAUGAUGCGUCGUGUCGUUGAGCUCGAGAAGGAGACCAAGGAUCCCACCUUUGCCGAGCUCUUCAAGGGAACUGACCGCUACCGCACUCUCAUUGUGUGUGGUGUGUACGCGGCACAGAACCUCACUGGUAACCUGAUUGCCAACCAGGCUGUCUAUUUCUUCCAGCAGGCCGGGAUGAGCGACACCACUGCAUUCGCCCUAGGCCUCAUCACAUCGGCCCUGCAGAUGAUCUUCGUCAUGCUCUCCUGGAUUUUGACCACGUACUUCGGUCGCCGUGACAUCUAUGUAUGGGGCUCCGCUGUCAACACAAUUCUUCUUGUUGCCCUGGGUGUCGCGGGCUCCUUCCCCAGAUCUACGUCAGUUAACCUGGCAGUGGCAUCUCUCGGUCUCAUUGUCUCUGUCCUAUUCACCCUUGGUCCCGCGCCCGCCUCUUGGGUCAUUAUUGGCGAAACAUCGGCCAUCCGCCUCCGCCCACUGACCACUGGUAUGGGACGUGCCUCGUACUACAUUGUCGAGAUUCCUUGCAUCUUCCUGGCCAGUUACAUGCUCAACCCAACGGGCGGCAACCUUGCCGGCAAGUGCGGUUAUGUGUGGGGUGCCACCGGUCUGGUCUGCUUGGUUUGCGCUUGGAUUUGGCUGCCGGAGAUGAAGGGCCGAUCCUACCGUGAGAUUGACAUCUUGUUCAAGCGCCGCGUUCAGGCUCGCAAGUGGAAGAAGACCAUCAUUGAUCCCGAGGAUGAUGAGUAA